AUUAAUCGUACGGUCGCAGCGCCGCAUGGUGCCCAGCCACCUGUGUAUCUCCGUGCACAGCACGUUAACGUCAGUGCCGUCGUGGAGCCAAUUCGUCAUCGACAAUCAGUGCCAAAAAAGGUGGAUUGCGAUGACCACCUAGUUGACGAGUCUGUCAUGCGGAUCGGCGGACAGCCUCUACUGUACGUUUACGAAUGUCAGUGGGAUAAAAAUCACUCCCCCUGUGGUAUGCAUAUCGAAGGUGACCAGGCCAACGUCACAGACCAUCUCGCCAGGUUUCAUGGCUUCACGGGCGGUGAAGGGGAUACCACUUGUCUCUGGGAUGGAUGUACGUCAAAAAAGCGCACCGCUAUGAAAGGUACGAGUAUCGCCCGUCACCUCGUCACGCAUAUCGGCUACAAAAUAAAAUGUACCGCCUGCAACGUCGACUAUGCGCGGGAAGAUGCGUGCAGGAGAAGUCACGCGAACGCGAGAUCAGAUUGCCAGAGGAUGCAAAUAGCCCCUGUCCACGGUACCGGAGUUAUUACGCUGAAGGUUUCAACCUGCGAACCCCCAGCCAAGAAAAGACAUGUCGCGGACGCACAGACCCAAAAUUCUAUCUAUCGUCUAUCGUAAUCUUCCUACCUAAUCACUAAUCACUUCUUAAUAUGUCUAUCUUUUCUCAUUCUCUCUUUAAUUUCCACAUGGAUACCAGGGCCCGUAUACCCCUCCUUUCAGACCUCUUGAUAGAGCCCAUCCAAUAACUUAUUGCUAUAUAUUGACAUACAUACUUGUGUUGUCCAUUCAUUUCCGGAUCCGAAUCUACUAAUUUGAUUCUUCAGUUCAAGUUAUAUAUAUGUAUCACACCCUCAUUUACUAUUAGUGUUAUGCUUAUGUAGUCGUCACUUAUAUUCUCGACAAAGUUCUAGCGCGUUUCCUUGAUCAAUCCAUAAUUGAUAUAUCU